CACCGGCCUUGGUUGCGGAAGUGUAAUGUUUUCUCUCUGCGGAGAUGAAGGCUGUUGUGGUGUGUGUCAAGUGUUCAGAUGAUUCCCAACACCUGAGCGUGGCUUCCUUUCCUGCUCCUCUACUCGAUAGUUGACAGGUCCCACUAUCUACCUGUCCUGGUCCAGUGGACCGUCCCGGGAAGGACUUUCUUUAAUCUUAAACAUGGGUGCUUGGCAGUCUUUAUCUGGUCCUGCAGAAUACAGACAACUGGCGGAAAAGACGGGCUUCUCCUGUGAGCAGAUUGGAGUUCUGCACAAAAGAUUCAAGCAGUUGAGCCACAACGAAGACACCCUGCGGAGGGAGCACUUCAACGCCAUCCCAGAUCUGGCAUGGAAUCCCAUCCGUACACAGAUUAUAGAGGCCUUCUUCGACAGGAGGAACUUCGUGCCACCUGGUGAGGGCUCGGUGGAAGAGAUCCACCUGGAGGAGUUUGUGGUCAUCAUGUCCCAUUUCAAGCCGCCUUCGCUCAGCAUGACGGACGAGGAGCGGGACAGUGUCAGGAGGGAGAAACUGCGAUUUUUAUUCAACAUGCACGACACGGACAACGAUGGGACAAUAACGCUGGAGGAAUACAGACAUGUGGUGGAGGAGCUUCUAUCUCGCAGCGGGGCCAUCGGCAAGGAAACGGCCAAAAGCAUCGCCGAUGCCGCCAUGUUGGAGGUGGCCGGUAUCUCAAUGGGUCACAUGGAACCUGACGAGUUCUAUGAGGGCAUCACGUUUGAGCACUUCCUCAAGCUGUUGAACGGCUUCGAGAUUGAGGCGAAGAUGAACGUGCGUUUUUUGAAUGUGGACACGACGACUCUCUGCAAGUGACGUCUGACGUCCUAAUAAGGAGGAAAAUACAUCUUCCCUUCGCCAUAUGUAUGCGUUGAGCAAUACUGCUUUUGAGUAACUAUGCAAAUUCCUAUAUGAUACUAUUUGUCUAUAUUCUAGGUGCAAACAAAUAACAUGCUGGCUGUUGAAGCAAUAAUCACAGAUGCAUGUGUGACUCUACAUGCAAAUCAUUUUUAACAAGUAUCAAUUAUUCACCAGGGAUGACAUGGUUGUCUUAAAGUACACUCAAUUGUCAUUCAGCUGUAUUUUUGAUAAGAACAAGGUUUUGUUUUGUUUGUUUUGUUCCACCCCGCAACAUGCUAACAUUAUAUCUCAUCGGAUACAAUAAACUCAGGCCGUCUGCAAAAUAUACCACAGCUGCAUUUUCAUUAUUUGUCUUACAUAAAGUCUUAAAGGGAUAGUUUGGAUUUUUUGACAUGAAGUUGUAUGACAUCCACAUCAGCGUUGUAGUCCAAUAACAGAGACUUACCCCCCACUCGGUCUCCUAAGUCCAGUUCUGGUCAGAUUUCCGUGAUGAAGAACGUAGUUCCACUUAGUUGCUGGGGACAAUUAAGUAAAGACUGUGUUCAAAAGAUUAAUACAUUUGCAUGACAAAAAUGCCUUCUCAAAAAAAUCUGACCUCACAAAACGCUCGGCGUUAUAUUUGUCUCCCUCUGUAUUCCUGCGGGAGAUGCGUUCAUGUGUAUGUGACGAAGACGCUCGCAUCUGCUGGGGGGGUAAGUCACUGUUAUUGGACUACAAUGCUGAUGGGGACGUCAUACAAUUUCAUGUCAAAAAAUCCGAACUAUAAACAACGUUUGUUGUUGUUUAUUGAUCAAGUGUAUUAUUUUAUUUUAUUGCACUCUAUUUAUUGUUAUUUUUGUGUGUUUAGAUAUUCUGUGCUGUGUGUUUGAUAGGUCUUAACCACAGAUUUUACUUUAUUUAACCACAUGAAUGUGAAUGCAGCCUUUUAGACUGGUCUGGAUAGAGAGCAGUUGUUUGCUGCCCUCUACAGGACGACACCUGCACUGCAUGUAAUAAUGAACUGGCUGUAUUCCAAUAAAGGCAUUCUUCCAAUGUUGCGAAUGUGCAGUCAU